AUGCCUUCGUACCUUAUCACCGGCGCCUCGCGAGGGCUUGGCUAUGAGUUUCUUCGCCAAAUUUCUGAGAACCCAAGCAACACUGUUGUUGGGCUUGUCCGCAAUAAACCUGAGACUGAGGCGAAGGUCAAGGCACUAAACCGUUCCAAUGUCCAUAUCGUCCAAGGUGAUCUUGAGGAUUUUGACUCACUGAAGAAAUCCGUUGACCAAGUGUCCGCGGUUGUGAAUGGGUCUCUGGAUUACCUCAUUGCCAACGCCGGUUAUAUCUCUUCGUGGUCUGCCUAUGAUGGCCUCAGUACCCUCGGCGAUGACCCCAAGAAGCUGGAAGAAGACUUGCUGAAAUGCUUUCGUGUCAACACAAUUGGCAACAUCCACCUCAUCAACCUCUACUUGCCCCUCGUGCUGAAGGGCGAAGUGAAGAAAGUCAUCAGUCUUUCAUCCGGAUACGCCGAUGACGAACUUACCACCAACUUCAAUAUCAGUGAAUCCAGUCCAUACACCAUCAGCAAGUCGGCUAUGAAUACCGCUGUGGCCAAGUACAGCGCCGAGUAUGCAGAGCAGGGCGUACUUUUCUUGUCUCUUGCUCCGGGAGCCGUUGAAGUUGGACAAGACGCAGGAAUUACCGAGGAGCAAAUCCCCAAAGCAAUGGCUCUAGGCGGCAAGUUUGCGGCUUAUGCACCUCAUUUCAAAGGCCGAACUAUGCCAGAAGAGUCAAUCAAGGACAUGCUGUCUGUCAUUGAUAAGGCAAGCGUCAAGGACGGAUACGGUGGCUCAUUCAUUUCUCACAAGGGAAAUAAGCAGUGGCUUUAA